CUAGACUGCAGUGCACCAGUUUAAUAAGAAGCUGCUUGAAGCUCAGCAAACUAUCACACUGUCACCACCCUCCAAAGGAUCAGUGCAUCGCCUUAAGUGUGACGCAGACGAAGUUGAGAGCCCCCAAGUUUGUGCUGCAUCAAAAACAAACCAACAUGGAUGUGUUUAAGAAAGGUUUUUCUAUGGCUAAAGAAGGUGUGGUUGCUGCAGCAGAGAAAACCAAGCAGGGUGUGACAGAAGCUGCAGAAAAAACCAAGGAGGGGGUCAUGUAUGUAGGAGCAAAAACUAAAGAGGGCGUUGUACACAGCGUGAGUACAGUUGCUGAAAAAACCAAAGAACAGGCCAAUGUGGUCGGCGGAGCUGUGGUCUCUGGAGUAAAUCAGGUAGCUUCAAAGACUGUAGAAGGCACAGAGAACAUCGUAGGCACUACUGGUUUAGUAAAAAAGGAAGAUCUACAUCCAGGUCAGCCAGAAGAACCUGCUGCCGAAGAAGAACCUGCAGUGGAGGCUACAGAAAGCACUGAGCAGGUUGGUGAUGGAGAGAAUUAACCUUUCACCUUUGUGUGCUGCUGGAAAUCUCUAAUAAAAACUGGCUAAGGACAUAGAAGGGAAGCAAUUAUUACCACAAGAAUACCACAGGCUGAAAGCCACUGACCGCCUGAAAUUUUCCUCUUAAAUUAACAAAUCGAUCACUGUAUGCAUUCAUGUCAUAAUUGUGAAUGUAGAGCUUUGUAAAGCAACUGUAGCACCAAUCAUAUGCUUAUCCUUUGUUAAAUAUCCUUCACAUCUCCAUGUUAUUUAUUUUACUGAACUUUGUUAGACCAUGAAAUCUGAAUCUGCAUGGUUUCACUAAUAAUUAUUUUUACUCUUUCAUUUUCUGCCAGUCUUAAUUUGCAUAUGUUUUUAUUUGAUGGCACCUAAUACUGAUCUUGAGUGCUGCGUUACUCCAUCUGUGAAUAGCUCUUUUACUCAAGCACCCUAUUGUAUCAACUGUUCCACUUUCCUUGUUAAGUUUUGCUUUGGUCACCAUGCAGCAUUAUCUUUAUAUUCACAUUGGCACUAUGAUCCCUUCUUUAAACUAUUUUUUUUGAGCCAUACAAAUAAAAUUUUAUUUGAGUAUGA